AUGGCCGACCCCGGCGAGGGCCCCCGGGCGGGGCCGGGGGAGGCGGCCGAGCCCCCGGGGGAUGAGAGUGGCGCCGCCGGCGAGGCCUUCCCGCUGUCCUCGCUGGCCAACCUGUUCGAGGGCGAGGAGGGGUCGCCGUCGCCCUCGCCGCCCGACGCCGCUCGCCCGGCCGCCGCCGCGGGCACCGGGGACGGGCGGCCAAACCUGCGCAUGAAGUUCCAGGGCGCCUUCCGCAAGGGGGUGCCCAACCCCAUCGACCUGCUGGAGUCCACGCUGUACGAGUCCGCGGUGGCGCCCGGGCCCAAGAAGGCGCCCAUGGACUCCCUCUUCGACUACGGCACCUACCGCCACCACCCCAGCGACAACAAGCGCCGGAGGAGGAAGGCCCUGGAGAAGCAGCCGCAGAGCCCCAAAGCUCCCGCGCCCCAGCCGCCCCCCGUCCUCAAGGUCUUCAACCGGCCCAUCCUCUUCGACAUCGUGUCCCGGGGCUCCACGGCCGGCCUGGACGGGCUGCUCCCCUACCUGCUCACCCACAAGAAGCGCCUGACGGACGAGGAGUUCCGGGAGCCCUCCACGGGGAAGACCUGCCUGCCCAAGGCCCUGCUGAACCUCAGCCACGGCCGCAACGACACCAUCCCGCUGCUGCUGGACAUCGCCGCGCGCACCGGCAACACGCGCGAGUUCGUCAACUCGCCCUUCCGGGACAUCUACUACCGAGGCCAGACUGCGCUGCACAUCGCCAUCGAGCGCCGCUGCAAGCACUACGUGGAGCUGCUGGUGGCGCAGGGCGCCGACGUGCACGCCCAGGCCCGGGGCCGCUUCUUCCAGCCCAAGGACGAGGGCGGCUACUUCUACUUCGGCGAGCUGCCCCUGUCGCUGGCCGCCUGCACCAACCAGCCGCACAUCGUGCACUACCUGACGGAGAACCCGCACAAGCAGGCGGACAUGCGGCGCCAGGACUCGCGCGGCAACACCGUGCUGCACGCGCUGGUGGCCAUCGCCGACAACACCCGCGAGAACACCAAGUUCGUCACCAAGAUGUACGACCUGCUGCUGCUCAAGUGCGCCCGGCUCUUCCCCGACAGCAACCUGGAGGCCGUGCUCAACAGCGACGGGCUCUCGCCCCUCAUGAUGGCCGCCAAGAGCGGCAAGAUCGGGAUCUUCCAGCACAUCAUCCGCCGGGAGGUGACGGACGAGGACACCAGGCACCUGUCCCGCAAGUUCAAGGACUGGGCCUACGGCCCCGUGUACUCCUCGCUCUACGACCUCUCCUCCCUGGACACGUGUGGGGAGGAGGCCUCCGUGCUGGAGAUCCUGGUGUACAACAGCAAGAUUGAGAACCGCCACGAGAUGCUGGCCGUGGAGCCCAUCAACGAGCUGCUGCGGGACAAGUGGCGCAAGUUCGGGGCCGUGUCCUUCUACAUCAACGUGGCCUCCUACCUGUGCGCCAUGGUCGUCUUCACCCUCACCGCCUACCACCAGCCGCUGGAGGGCACCCCGCCGUACCCCUACCGCACCACCGUGGACUACCUGCGGCUGGCCGGCGAGGUCAUCACGCUCUUCACCGGCGUCCUGUUCUUCUUCACCAACAUCAAGGACUUGUUCAUGAAGAAAUGCCCGGGCGUGAACUCCCUCUUCAUCGACGGCUCCUUCCAGCUGCUCUACUUCAUCUACUCGGUGCUGGUGAUCGUCUCGGCGGCCCUCUACCUGGCGGGCGUGGAGGCCUACCUGGCCGUCAUGGUGUUCGCCCUGGUGCUGGGCUGGAUGAACGCCCUGUACUUCACGCGCGGCCUGAAGCUCACGGGCACCUACAGCAUCAUGAUCCAGAAGAUCCUCUUCAAAGACCUGUUCCGCUUCCUGCUGGUCUACCUGCUCUUCAUGAUCGGCUACGCGUCCGCCCUGGUGUCCCUGCUGAACCCGUGCGCCAGCAUGAAGGCGUGCGGCGAGGACCAGGCCAACUGCACGGCGCCCACGUACCCCUCCUGCCGCGACAGCGACACCUUCAGCACCUUCCUGCUGGACCUCUUCAAGCUGACCAUCGGCAUGGGCGACCUGGAGAUGCUGAGCAGCACCAAGUACCCCGCCGUGUUCAUCGUGCUGCUGGUCACCUACAUCAUCCUCACCUUCGUGCUGCUGCUCAACAUGCUCAUCGCCCUCAUGGGUGAGACUGUGGGCCAGGUGUCCAAGGAGAGCAAGCACAUCUGGAAGCUGCAGUGGGCCACCACCAUCCUGGACAUCGAGCGCUCCUUCCCCGUGUUCCUGAGGAAGGCCUUCCGCUCCGGCGAGAUGGUCACCGUGGGCAAGAACUCGGACGGUACCCCCGACCGCAGGUGGUGCUUCAGGGUGGACGAGGUGAACUGGUCGCACUGGAACCAGAACUUGGGCAUCAUCAACGAGGACCCGGGCAGGAGCGAGAGCUACCAGUACUACGGCUUCUCGCACACCGUGGGCCGCCUGCGCAGGGAUCGCUGGUCCUCGGUGGUGCCGCGCGUGGUGGAGCUGAACAAGAACUCGAACCCGGACGAGGUGGUGGUGCCUCUGGACACCGUGGGGAACCCCAGCGGCGACGGCCACCGGCAGAGCUACCCGCCCAGAUGGAGGACUGAUGACGCCCCCCUCUAG